AUGUCAGAAUUAGAAACUAUUAUUAUCGGAAUCGGUGGUGUUGGAUGUAUAGUUGCUUAUGGUAUCGAAUACACUAAUAAAUCGAAUGUUUCCAUUAUUGUUAGAAGAGACUAUGAAAAAGUAAUCAAAGAUGGUUAUGAAGUCGAUUCUUGUGAUUAUGGUAAAUUCAAUUGGAAACCAAAGAAUAUUUAUAAAGAUAUUGAAGCUGCUGCUGCUUCAGGUAAAGAAUUCGAUUACAUUGUUGUUACUACUAAAAGUUUACCUGAUGUUGUAAAAACUGAAGAUUUAAUCAAACCGUUGGUUUCUAAGAAAUCAACCAUUGUAUUAAUGCAAAAUGGUUUCGAUUUAGGUAGACCUUUCUUUGAUAAAUAUCCAGAAAAUGUCAUUGUUUCCGGAGUUUCUCAUAUUGGUUCCCAUAAUAACGGAGGUGUUAUCCAUCAAACUCAAAACGAUAAAUCAUUAGUUAGUUAUUUUGAAAGUCCAACAAUCCCAGUGGAAAUCCAAGAAAAGAAAACUAAAGAUUUCAUCGAUAUCUAUAGUAAUGACAAAAAUAACUGUACUUACUUCCCAGAUGGUAAAUGGUACAGAUACAGAAAAUUAGUUUAUAAUGCUACUUUGAAUACUACUUGUGCUUUGACUGUAACUGAUACUGCUAUCAAUGAAUACGCUGGUGGUUUAGAUGCUAUUUCCAUUCCUGCCAUGAAAGAAGUUAUCAAGAUCGCUAAAGCCGACGGGGUUGAUUUACCUGAUGAUGUUAUCAACAGUGUUUGCCAUUCCGACGAUGGGGAUUAUUUCCUGCCAUCAAUGUGUGUCGAUGUCCAAAAAGGAAACCCGAUCGAGCUUGAAUCCAUUUUAGGUAAUCUUUUGGUCAGAGGUAAAGAAUUGAAAGUUGAAACUCCAGUUUUAGACACCCUAUACAGUUUAUUAAAAGUUGUUCAAUACAAAUUAAAAGUUAAAAAUGGUUACAUUACAUUACCUGAAAAAAGACCAAUCACUGAUAAAUUUUAUCAAUAG